AUUCCAUGCACGAUGUUUGGGCUCGGGAAGCAGAACUCUGGAAUCUGCAGUCUGUACCCAAUAUCUGGUCAACGUUCCCGCGUUCUAUUGGAGAAAGAAUGCAUAAGCUUAUAAUAUAAAUUCAGGAUUUAGAAACCAACUCAAUCUAACGGUUUUCUAGAAGCCGCCAUCCCCGCCUAAAAUGUUCGAAAUGGCGGUGCAUCAAUGCAUAAGUCAGGUCCCCAGAGAUCAUUUACUGGAAGAGGAUUGGGUUUGCGAUAGGUGUUUAAAGAAUUCUCCAUGAUGCAUUUAAAAGACGUUUAGUCUGUAUGAGAAAGAGAUAGCGGGAGAGAGAUAGACAGUAAGAUGUUGACAAUUCAUUAGAUAAUCCAAACCAUGCAGGUGUGUAGCUAGCUGCACUUUGACGGUUCAAUGCUCAUAUGAGAGGAAGUAUCUUUUAGUCCGUAGAUCUGGAUGGAUCUGGAUGGAUCCUGUUGAUGAUACUAGGCAUUCGUAGAUACUCGUCGACAUCACGGCCACAGGGAGAGUCUGGGAGAUAUCUUGGAACGUCAGGAAUGUCUAACUGCUUUGAUCUGCUGCAUGUCUCCUGGCGCUCGACUCUUGAGCGGACUAUCGUGUCAACCCAUUCUUCAUACCUUGGCCCAUCGUUCGCGAUAUCCAUAGUUUCCUAUAUCCGUAGUUCCCUUCAUCAAAGUUCAAACUAUAUUGCAAAUGUAAUCAAGCAAUCACACAUACCUGGCCGGCCGGAUCUGUCUGGCUGCUGGCUUCUGGCUUCUGGCUUCUGGAUUCUGGAUACUGGAUACUGGAUACUUGCCCCAAAUUAGGUUCAUCUGGUCAAACUCAUUUUAGCUACUCUGCCACCGAGAUCCCAUCCCAUCCAAUAUCUACGCAUCUGCGCUCCCGUUUCAUCACGCAGAGAUUAUUACAGCCUCACCAAGAAAUUCACCAAGCAAUCCAACGUCUAAUAUCCAAUAUCCAAUAUCCAGUCGCCAGUCGCCAGUCUCCAGUAUCCAAUAUCUAAUAUCCAAUAUCGCAGUAAUAUCCCACAUCUCAGAAAGUAUAAUAGAGUUCUAUCAGAAACCACAGAUCAUCAGUGGUACCCAACUGCCCUUGUAUCACACUACCGUCAGGGAUUCCUCUCAUUCCUCUUAUUUCUCACAAUUAUCACUGCCAUCGACAUCCACAAAUACAUAGGUGAUCAUUCCCACUUGAGCCACUGUCCUCCUGAAGAACCAUUCACGAAUCACCACCCCCUCCAAAACGUCCCAUCCAUGAGUCUACAUACGACAAAUCCCAACUUGUCCGAAUUGAUUAUCUCAAGGAUUUCCACCUUUCAUUAAGUAAAUGCUCUUUUACUUUCUGUCCCUCCUAGUCUCUCCCCGAAAACGUCAAGCUCUCCCUCUCACUCAAAUUUACAAGGGUUUACAUCGAUAGCAACCCUGUAGACGUGUAAAUAUUUGUCCCUUAUCCCCCCAAUAUUCAACAUUCAAAAAGCAGUUGGAUUGUAGGACGAAGAAGAAGAAAAGCAGAAGAAAAAGUUGGUUGAAUCAAUCUUAUACAUACUUACACACCUACAUAUACUCAUACUCGAGGACAACGUUACACACUCGCCCGCCGGCUUCCUCUUCAAUUGAUUCUUGCAUCUGAUAGCGCAGACAGUGAAGAGUCUUAAUAUAUUCCAAUUCUCUUUUCUAGACUUCUGUGCGAAAGGGGCCGAACCUACCUAUUAAUCGUUUAUUUCUUCAUUUGUUUGUCUGUCGUGGGUUGUUUGUUGAAAUCAUUCAUUCAUCCAUCCAUCCAUCCAUCCAUUCACUUCUCGAUUCUCUCCAGUACCCGUGUUAUAUAUGUAUAACUGCUGGUGUACCACUUCCCACGUCUAAACUUCGAUCCGAAAACUCAACCAACUCCAUACCUCCCAACUACAAGUUCCGAUAAAAAAAUUAAAAAAAAUUCGUAUCAGAACACCAAGGGAAAACGAAAAUCCACUCCCCCUCCCACUUCUUCCCCAAUUCUACCGGAUUUGCACCGGUAUACAACCCUCGCCGACCAAAAAAAUAAAAUAUCUUCAGGGAUUUCUAUUGGCAAGAUGUCCAGCUACCCAGUUCCGAAUGGUCACAAUAACAAUAACAAUGGCUACAAUUCCUUGCCAUUGCACGGCCCAACAUCAAUCCCAUCGCCAAAUGAUUCCAUGAUUUCUCACAAUCAGCAGCUUCAACACCAGCAUCAACAACAACUCGGCAUACCUGUCUCACCCUCUUUUCAAUAUGAUCCUCAGAUGGGAGCUCCACAGGGUCAGCCAUCACCCCAAAUGCCCCCACCAAUGCAACAGUACAACGAUGGAAUGACGAAUGGUCAUGAUGGUCUACCCAUUCAAACUGGAACACCAUCAUCCAUGAAUGGAACCGGAGAAGCACCAAAAGGAAAUAGAUUACGGAAAGCAUGCGAUUCAUGCAGUAUCAGAAAAGUCAAGUGCGACGAGUCUGGUCCUCCAUGUCGAGCAUGCGCUGCACUAGAUAUUCCAUGUACAUUCGACAGACCAAGUCGUCGCAGAGGUCCACCAAAUCGACAUGCGGAAGCAGUAAAAAAGAGAAGACUCGAGAUGGAAUCUUCGGGUGGCGCAUCUUAUUCCUCUCCGACAUCACCAAAUAAUGUUGCGGCAACGUUGGCAUCGUUCUCUUCACAUGCAGUUCUAUCUGCCGAAUCGAUAUUGCCACUGGCUACUCUUGAGCUCUUCGUCGAUGAUUUCUUCACAUACAUACAUCCGCUCGCCCCAUUUCCACAUGAACCUUCAUUUCGAGUGGCACUCAAGAACCGAGAAGAUUUAACAAAUUCAUCAUUUCUUGCAUUGUUGGCAUCUAUGGUUGGAAUAUUAGUAGCCUCAUUUCCUAGAAAGCCUAGGCUACAUCUCAAAGCUCAACAUCGAGAACAUCUGUUCCCGCAUUCGCUCAAUUUGGUCGAAAGAUGUCAUAAAGUGGCAGUUGAAGCUAGGGGUGCCGGAUACCUCGAUAAGGAUCUCUCAGUCUAUGAUGCAGCUACAAGUUAUUUUUUGGGAUUGUCAGGCGCAUAUACAUUCAAUUGGAGACAAUGUAGAUUGUAUUUUGGAGAAACAUUAAACAUUUUAAGAAUGUUGGGAGCACACAGAACCAAGAACACUGGUGGGAUGACUACUUUAGGCCAUCUUCCUGCAACGUUUGGUGCUGAAAGCCCUCAAUAUGUCGAUCAGCCUGAACCUGUAGAUUAUAUUCGUCAAGAGAUCGGUAGAAGAUUAUUCUGGGUUAUGUUUGUUGGUAUUCGAUCAAUGCAACAAAUAGGUGCAACGUUUGGUGAACUUCUGAUCCCGCCACCAACCCCAAACGAACCAUAUCCUCCACUACCUGUGGAAGUUGACGAUGAAUACAUUUUUGUAGACCACAUCCAGUCGCAGCCCGAAGGUAUCUUAUCAGGCAUUGUUGGAUUUAAUAUGGGUGUUAAGACCUACAUGACAUGUACACCCCUGUCAACGAUGGAAGUUGCAUAUGGAAUUGAUCAAGUCUUCGACUAUCAACGUCAACGAAGGGUGCUCUCACAAUGUCUUAACGCUGCCAAACACGUUCUGGACCAAUUACCAAAUGAGCUGAUGCUUCUCCAAAAUUCCGAAUCAGGAGAGUUUGGUCAACGAAACGAAGCCUACUAUCCACCUUUGGAAGGGUUUCCGGGUGCUCGUGCAGGUGGAAUCGAAGGACAAUCUUGGAAUGGAGUCACCGGAGAUGAGAAGAGAAGGAGACAGUAUGAAAUCAUGAAAUCUAAUAUUUACGCUAGCCAACUGGCCACCAGGUCAUAUCUUGUUGAGAAGUAUUGGAACCUUCAAGAUGCCUACGAACAGCUUAAAGCUAAAACAGGCGGCUCGGGUGAUCUCAAAUUAGGAUCUCCAGGUCUGAUCGCAAGUGGUUUGGAUGAAAUGCUGCCACGAUCGGCAACAGAAGAUUCAAUUGAGUCUAUCGUCAUGAAUGAAAGGGAGAGCAUUGUGAAGGAUUUGCUGAAGGCGCUAAGUUGUCUUCAACAAGUAAACAUGGAACCUAAUGGUGGCAGCUUUGUUAAUAAAAUCCGCCAAAUAGCGUCAACUUUAGUCGACACCCCGCAAAAUCGCAAAGGACCUUUCGCAUUACAAACCGAAGAGUACCUAGGUAAAUUCCUGGAUAUCUUGAUGAAGCUUGAGAGAGCUAGUCCGGCCGGUGCUAGGAGUGAGAGUGCUGAUGGUGUGGUUGAUGAGGAAGAAGAAUUAAGUAGUUGGGCCGAUCUCAGAGAAUAUCAGACGAGAUUCGCUCAAUCUGGAGGAUUUUUGAACGAAUUGUAAGAUCAUAAUUAAGGUUUGGGGCUGGGUGACGAGAGAUGGAGAGAGAGAUAGAGAGAGAGAAAUGAUUAAUGCGUUUGCAAUGGAAUGGCAAGGAAAAUUUGGGCAAAUGGGGUUCGGGCGCAGAUCUUCUUAUUGUAAAAUGGAUGGACGGAUGGAUGGAUCGUGUGGGAUGGGCAGAUGAUUGGGUCUGUGGCAUGGGAUAUGCGUGUAUGAUGGUGAACGAGAUUGGGAUUCGAGUGAAGCAGAUGGAGUGGUUGGAUCCACAAUGUUCAUAUGGGAAUUCAAUCAAUGGCAGGAUGGCAAACAAACAAAAAAAAGAUUUGCACAAAUGGUUUUUGGGGACUGGACCGGGGGAAUGGAUGGGCUUGGUAGCUGGGUCGGCUACAAUGUUUACUUUGGUAUUUUGUGGUACUCUGUACUAGACCAUCGGUACAUUUCUGCAAACGCACAUCGCUCAUGGGGUAUUCACCAGGGCAAUCAAUGCAAUUUGCACAUGCAGUAUAACAGUUCAUGUAGAAUAAGAAACAGGAAAUAAAUAAUACCCACAU